ACUAUAAUGUCUUCGUUUGUUUAACUCAUCUCGAGGCACUGAAUCUCUGUUAGGGCUGUGGUAUUCUAGGGCUAGGCAGUUAUGUUAUUUGUACUUUCGUUUAAUAUGAGUGGCAAUUGCUUCGAUAUUUUGUUGUAUUGGUUACAGUUUUUAGAUUUUUACGUAAAUUUUGAGUUUUAGUGUCUGUUUGGUUGCCUAGAAAAUGGAGGAUGCUGGGGAGUUUUUAUUUUGAACAAAUUGCAUAGUUUAAAUUUAACAAAAGUUACGAUAGUCCGUUUGUUACUGCUAAUUUGUUAGUGUUUAUCUCAUUAAUAGUGGAUAUACGUUACUAUUCAUAUUUAGUAGUUGCUUUGGCUGCUUUUUGAAUGUCCCUUUUCUUUUUAUGGUUUUUGGAGUUAGUUGAGCUUUCAAAAAAAAAAAAAAAAGAGUUAGUUGAGCUUGCUAUGAUAGUCUUUGAUGCUUUUGAUGUUUGUUUGUUUCUGUUAAUGGGUAGCUGCCUUUUCUUUUUAUCUUGACUGAUGCUCCCUUGGUUUUAUUUCUAGCUUUAUGCUGUCAGUAUCUUUCUUUAUUUGGUCUGCCAGACUGCGGUUCUCAUAUGUACAUCUUGAUUUAGUGAACUCUGCCUGUAAUCAACUUUGACCUAUGUGAAGGUUGUUUUUCAUGUUGGUCAACGAGGAUGCCCCAUAAAUUGACUAGAAAACAAAGAAACAUCGUGCCAUUAGAUUGCAAUAGUGAAAAAAUACUAAGCUUUAAAUGUUAGGUUGGAGGCAACAACUAGCAACUUAAGAUGAAUUCAGAGCAAACACUUUUUAGUAGAUUUACUGUCAGAAUGCUAUGCGCUCUUGUCUAGGCUAUUCAGGAACAAUAGUUUAUUUCCACUGUUGUAUUUUCUCAUUCGGCUUCCUUGGCUGAGUUGAGAUACCUUGUAAUAAGCUCUGAUAAUGCAAUAAAAUGUGGGCUAGCGAAUGUCUGAAUGGCAGUAAAAUUAUUUAAGAACUUUAUACUUUUAGUAGUUAACUGGGGGACAAUUUCAGGCUUCAUAAGUUUAUGUUGUAUUUAAAUUUAUAUUAAUUGCAAAAGGAAUGAAGGUUUUAUACAACCAAGUUUGUGUGAUUAUUCACAUUGGUGGCUGUUCUGUGGAUAAUCUUGGUUCAGUGAGCUUCUUGUACCUGGUUCAUCCUUGCUCCAUACAGGAAAUACAUUUCCGUCCCCUUUUGUCUUAGUAGUUUCAUACAAGAAAAUGGAAGGCAUUAAUUAUCUUUCUUCUUUUUGCAAAAAAAAAAAGAAAAAAGAAGAAGUGGUUGUAUGGUUGAAGAAAUUUGAGAAUUGUUUUAUUGAAUAAGUUGUAUUUGUAGCGUAUUAGUUAUUGAAUUUAUGCCAUGCUGCUAUUUAAUUUGUUUGCUGGAUGCCUUUUUUUUUGACAUUUUUAUACUCAUUGCUACGCAUUCCCUUACAAAGUGAAGAGAAGAGGUGAAUUUGUUGCUUUAACCUUUUUUGCCAUGAAGACGCAAUAUGUUGGUUUUAUUCAUGCAGGAUAAGGUUGAGUUUUGAAACGUGGCAAGUGGAGUGAAUAUUUCAAAUGUAGUAAUUUUCUUCUCUCAAAAUUGUAGUUGCUGAAUAUUUUUGGCUUGGAUUAUCUAUGCCUGGCAACAAAGUUGGAGACAGGAUCCAUAAUUUCCUUGGCCAAGAGAGUUUGUCCCGUGGCCAACAUCAAUCGCAGGUAAUUGAUAGUACCUGGCCUGGCUUAAAUAACAAUCUGUGGGUUGGAAACCAGAGACAAGCUGGUGGGCCUCUUGUUUCCAGUUUGAAGAAUUUAAGCGUUCAUCAGUUAGAGUCUGACAGAGGACAUAGUGGCCAGUCUUCAAGCCUGCAGAACAAGUUGAACUUCACUCAAUCAGAUCUGAGGCCUGAAAUUGCCAGAAGUCAAUUGCAAAAUCAAGCACCUAUUGCAAAUGCUUAUGCGCAAGGGCACGAGUCUUUCCAGGCAAGGCACAAUGAAACGAAUUUAUUGGGAGUGGAAAUGGCGCACAGAGGCUUAUCACUUCUUGAUUCACCAAUAGGAAAUUGCCCUAAUUUUCAUAAAAAAAAUUCAUUGAGGUUGGAAUCUACUGAAUCUCCCAUAAAUUAUGAUCUUAUUGAGGGGCUACAACAAUUUAGUGGGAAGCAUCCUGGCUUGGUCCAACCUUUGUCAAGUCAGCAAUCAGGGAUGACUGACAUGCAGUUGUUACAGCAACAAGCAAUAAUGCAAGAAUUACAGAAACACCAACUUCCAAAGCCACAGUUGCAGUUACCAGAAGCAAGGCAGUUGAGCUCUGCGAAUCAGGUUUCCUCUGUUGUUAAACAGGUAUCAGAUAGCCUUUCUCCAGCUCUAAUCAAUGGCGUUCCUGUCCAUGAUGCUUCAAAUUAUUCCUGGCAUCCUGAGCACAUGACACCAAAUGCAAAUUUUCUGCGGCAUGGUGCCUCUCCAGCAGUGCAGGUAUCCUCUGGUAUGUUUUCCCCUGAGCAAGGUCACAUGCGUUUGAUGGGUUUGGUUCCUCAACAAGUUGAUCAAUCAUUUUAUGGGAUUUCUACCAGUGGUGCAAGGGGAAAUCCAUAUCAAUAUUCUUCUUUUCAAAUGGAUAAGCCUUUGAUGCAGCAGGUGCCAGCCAGUGGUUAUUCCUUUCUGGAUAAUCAGUAUGCUAUGUUUUCUGAUAAAGUGGGCUUGCAAGAUGGAACUUCAGUUUCUAGACAGGGUGAUCAGGAUAAUAAUGUAUUUGGGGCUGCUCAAGGUUUAAAUAGCAUAUUUCAUUCAGAAAACUUGCAGCAAAUGGUUAUCGAGCCAAAAAAUGCAGUGAUGCAGGAGUCUCCUUGGAGGCAAGAGCAUCGCAGUCCUCCAGAAACAUCCCUGGAGAAGUCAGCAAUUCAGGUCUCCUCUGCGCAGAGUGUGGCUACACUGGAUCCAACUGAAGAAAAGAUUUUGUUCGGUUCUGAUGACAGUAUGUGGGAUAUCUUGGGAAAGAGCACCAACCUAGGUUCAGGGUUGGAUGGUACAGACUCUUUAGGGGGAUUUCCUUCUGUGCAAAGUGGAAGUUGGAGUGCUCUUAUGCAGUCUGCUCUUGCAGAAACAUCCAGUAAUGAUACAAGGGUACGGGAAAAAUGGAGUGGUUCAGAUAUGCAUUGUUGUGAACCUCUAAAAGGAAACUUGCCAGCAUCAAUUGUCAAUGAUGACAGUAAACAGCAAUCGCCUUGGGCUGAUAACAACUUGCCUGAUGCCUUGUUCCUGAAAUCUAAUCCUUUAAGUAUGGACAAUACUGAUGUCCCAGAGAAUAAUGUCAGCCAAAAUCCUGCAAGCAUGCAAAGAGACAUCAAAGCUUUUGGCCAUUCUGUAAGAUCCAAUAAUGCUGAACAUCAAAACCAUUCAUUGUUGCAUCAGGUGCAGGCUGUUCGAAACAUAGAGGUUGAUCCAAGUAAUAGGAGUAUUAAAAGAUUCAAAGGUCCACCUGCAGACUCUAGUUUGGAUUCUCAGCAGGUAAGUUCCCCAGGUGCAGAACAAUUAUCUUAUGGAUCCAAUAGUCUGAUGAGAGAUGGCCUCGUUAAUAAUCCUUCAGUUCCUUCUGGAGACUCUAAACUGCUAAGCUCUUUAUCAAACAUUGGAGAUAAUCAUGAGACACAGUUAUCUGCUAAUACACUGGCAUUUCUUCAGGAUAAUUCCCAGCAUUUCUCCAAUUCUAAUAAUUCAGCUGCUAACAUCAGGGGUGAACACUCUCAGAUCAGUCUCCAGAUGGUUCUGUCCUGGUUUGAUCAGUAUGGGGCAAUUAAAAAUGGGAAAAUGUUCCCCAUACAUGAUGCCCAGAAAACUGCCUUGAAUGGUACGGAAAAAGCAUUCAUUGGUGUUCGGUCUUCUGACAGUUUGCAUGUUCAUUCAAGUGAGCAGCUAAAUGCUGCUGCUGAUGCUAAUCCACUAGAUAAAGCCCAGCAAAGCUCAAAGUUUAUGCCAGUAGCAACUGAGUAUAUCUCCCCUCACUCACAGCCACCUGAUGUUGCAAGUCAGAAUUUGGACACUGUGAGAGCAAUGAAGCGCAAAAUUAUGACAUUUGAGUUUUUACCGUGGCAUAGAGAAGUGACACAGGGUUCUCAAAGGCCUCAAAACAUCAGUGUGGCAGAAGUGGAAUGGGCUCAUGCAGCAAAUCGAUUGAAUGAGAAGGUUGAGAAUGAACCUGAAAUGAUUGAAGAUUGGCCACCAGUGCCUGGAUCAAAAAGAAGGCUUGUUUUGACAACGCAGCUUUUGCAGCAACUAAUUCGUGCUCCUCCAAGAGUAGUUCUUUCUGCAGAUGCCAGCAAAAACUAUGAGACUCUGGCCUAUUUUGUUGCCAGAUCAGUCUUAGGAGAUGCAUGCAGCACAGCAUAUAUACCUGAAAGUGACACAGCUGUACCUCCUCACAGUGGAAGCAUCCUCCCUGAAAAGCUUAGAGAGCAGCGAAACCAAUCCAUCUUAAAGGCUGCAGAAGAGUUUAUCGUCAGAGCGAAGAUGUUGGAAAAUGGUUUACAAAGUCUGGUCAAGAGAGCCUCAAUCUUGGACUUAAGACUGGAAUGUCAGGAUCAAGAGAAGGUUUCAGUCAUCACUCGUUUUGCCAAGUUCCAUAGCCGGGGGCAAGCAGAAGGGAUUGGAACAUCAUCGUUCCCAAAUUUUGUUGCGAAAGUUAACAGAUUCUUCGGGCAAAGAUACGUUCUUGCAGUACCUAUGCCUAGGAAUCUCCCUGAUAGGGUACAGUGUCUUUCACUCUGAUCAUUAAUUACUGAUUUCCCCUUUUUAGGGGGUCAACUACCGUUAUUAUCCCACCUCCUGCUUCUCUUCUAUGCUCCAAUUUCUUUUGCUCGUAAUUGAAGCACACAAAUGAAAAUGUAGGAUCAGAAGCACAUAGGGAUGUUCCCACAUUGUAGGCCAUUGAUGCAAGUCAAUCCCUAGGAAAUUAGUCUUCUUGCUGAUCAUAUUAAGCAUUUUGAUUUCCCACGGUUGUAUGUAUGAUCAUGCAUGCGCGCGUGCAUGCAUUUGUAUGGUGUAUCGAAUGAGCUGGAAUCAAAGAACAAUCUUCUUCACCGAAAGAAACGCAUGCCACCCCGCCUACAAAACUGAUCUUGCUGAUAUUAUAUGCGUGUGCAAUGAGUUCAAGAGAACUAUUGAAUGAUCCGAAAUCCGUAACCUCAAAUGAGCUUGGAAUUUGAUUCAUAUUUAAAAAAAUAACCUUGUUCUACCAUCAUAACUCAUUAGAGAAAUUUAAUAUAUACUAAAGAUCCGAAAAUAUCUGA